AUGCCGAGCCGUCCCGAAGAUUACGAGGUGCUGGUCACCAUUGGCGCUGGCUCUUACGGUAGAUGCCAGAAAGUGCGUCGGAAGGCGGACGGCAAGGUGUUAGUCUGGAAAGAACUUGACUAUGGAUCUAUGACAGAAUCAGAGAAACAAAUGCUUGUUUCUGAAGUGAAUUUACUGCGUGAGCUUAAACAUCCAAACAUUGUCCGCUAUUAUGAUCGCAUAAUUGACAGAACAAGCACAACUCUUUAUAUAGUGAUGGAAUAUUGUGAAGGAGGAGACUUAGCUACUCUGAUAGCUAAGUGUACCAAAGAAAGACAUUAUUUAGAUGAAAAGUUUGUUCUUCGAGUUCUCACGCAGUUGGCCUUGGCCUUGAAGGAGUGUCACCGGCGGAGUGAUGGUGGUCGUACUGUUCUUCAUCGGGAUCUAAAGCCAGCUAAUAUCUUUCUUGAUCACAAGAAAAAUGUGAAACUUGGAGACUUUGGACUAGCCAGAAUACUGCACCAUGACACCAGCUUUGCAAAAACAUUUGUUGGUACACCCUACUACAUGUCUCCAGAACAAAUAAAUCGCAUGUCCUACAAUGAGAAAUCUGACAUCUGGUCUCUAGGAUGCCUGCUAUAUGAGUUGUGUGCAUUGUCGCCUCCAUUUACAGCCUUCAACCAAAAAGAGUUGGCAGAAAAGAUAAGGGAAGGAAAGUUCAGACGAAUUCCAUACCGUUAUUCAGAUCAGCUGAAUGAUCUCCUCACAAAGAUGCUGAGCUUAAAGGACUAUUGUCGGCCUUCAGUUGAAGAAAUUCUGCAGAGCCCAGUGAUAGCAGAAUUGGUGUCAGAGGAGCAAGGGAAGAACUUGGAGAGACGAGGGCGAAGAUCGGAAGGGCAAGAAAAGGAAGAAAGACUGCGUCAUUCAGGAACUCCAUUGAGUGAGCUGAAACUGAAGGAGCAACAGCUGCAGGAGAAGGAGAGAGCAAUAAAAGAGAGAGAACACAGACUGGAACAGAGAGAGCGGGAGCUGUGUGUUCGGGAGAGACUAGCGGAAGACAAACUUGCUAGGGCUGAGAGCUUGAUGAAGAAUUACAACUUGUUGAAAGACCAUCGACUUUGGCUGCCAACAAAUAGUCCAGAUGAUGGUGAUGCAUUGCCAAACUUCCCUGCAAGAAAAAAGAAGGUUCAGUUUGGUGAGGAAAGUAAAGAAAAUGCUCAAUUGAGUGACAGCCUGGAGUAUUUCCCUUCCUCAAAAGACAAGUUCCCUAAUCUGAAGAAGCGCCUCUAUGCUGCCAACCUGCGGGCCCAAGCUCUGGGUGAACUGGAAAAACAUUAUCAGCUGAAAAGCCGGCAACUCCUCGGGAUGCGUUGAAGCAGUGUCUUGUUAACAUUGUACAGAAUUGUG